AUGACAACCACCACUGCCCCCCUACCACCACCACCACAGCUUCUAAGACAACAACCACUACAACAUCACCAACCACCACCACAACUUUCCCACCAACCACCACACCAACGGCCUUUGACAACAACAACCACCAGAUUUGUUGUUUUCAGAUCCAUUCUAAGCAAUUUUACAUCAGACCUGUUGAAUUCAUCAUCUGAAGCUUUUAAAAAUCGAUCUUCAUCAAUAAAGAAACAAAUUGAACCUGCUUACAAAAACACGUUCCCUUCUUCCUUUGUCUCCUUGGCCGUUGUGAGCUUCAGGCAGGGAUCAGUCAUCAACACCAUAGCACUUCAGUUUGUAAACUCAUCUGUUCCAAAUGACACUGAGAUUAAAAGUGUUUUGAUCAGUCAAGCCUCAAACGUGACAGGCUUUGACAUCGAAAGGGCCUCCAUCACUGUCAGUGACACAUUGAUCCCAACAACUACCACAGUUACCCCAACAACAAACACAUCAACAACAUCAACGACCACAGCAACUCCAACAAUUACAACAUCUGCUGCAACAACUACUACAUCUACUCCAACAACAACCACAGCAGCUCCAACCACUACCACAACUACAAAAGCUCCAACUGCACCUGUCCAAGUUUUUCUGUUUCUACAGUUCCUUGAACCAUAUGUACCUGAUCUCACAGACCCCACCAGCAGUGUAUAUCAAGAUCGCAAAAGACGAGUUGAAGAUACGUGUAAUAGAAUCUACAAACCAAUAUUUCCUUUCUUCAUCCGUGCCAUUGUGAUUCGGUUCAGUCUUGUUAGAGUUCAAACACGAGUGGAUGGAACUGAGGCAGUGGUGGAGCUUGUAUUCAAUCAAACAGCGCCCAAUGCACAAGUCCCAAAUAAUACUACUGUUGUUCAGACUUUGAAACAGGCUAUUAACAGUUCCAGCAGCAAUUUCAGCAUCACCAUAGUUCCUGACACAAUAUCAGUAACGUCUGUUCCCGUCAAUGCCACGACUGCUGCACCAACUACUGCCAAUUCCACUACUGCUGCACCUACAGCUUCCACAACUACAAUUGCUGUAUCUACAACUACAGCUUCAAGUGGAGAAUGCCACAAGAUUAAUCCCAGCACUGUUUUCCCCCUGGUGCUCUUGCUAUGGCUACUGUCAAACCAGCAAUAGCAUCUGUGCUGGUUUCCAUGUGAAUGGCCAGCAGAACACAAACUCUUUCAUUGAAAUGAAAAAAAAAGAAAAAAAUUAGAAAUCCAAGCCAUGUGAUUGUGUUAAGGGUUGUUUGGCUUCAGAUGAACUUAUGAUCAAAUGCAACACAUUGGAAAUAGUCUGUUUGGUAUUUUUGUCAAUGUGAAACGACUCUGGCAUAAACAGAAUGACACAGACUUUAAGCACCCAGUUAGUUUAAUCAUCAACAA